AUGAAUAAAAGUUAAUAAGCGCAAGAAGUUUACAAAAUCAUAUUAGUCGGAGACCAAGGUGUAGGAAAAUCCUCAAUCUUACUCAGAUACACAAAGGAUCUAUUUUAAAGAGAUUACAAUGUUACAAUAGGUCUUGAAUUUGCUAGUAAAAAAGUGACGAUUCAAGAUACUGCAUUGACACUUUAAAUAUGGGAUACUGCAGGCUAAGAAGCUUUCAGAAGCAUUGCUAGAUCUUUUUAUAGAAAUUCUGCUGCCAUCAUUAUUGUAUUUAAAUUGACAAGCCGCGAGUCAUUUUUAAGUGUUCCAGGAUGGGUCAAAGAUAUCUAAGACAAUAGUGAUUAAGGAGUUGUAAUUUCAAUGGUUGGGAACAUGUCAGAUUUGGAAGCAGAGAGAACAGUGUCAAAUGAGGAAGCAAGAUAAAAGGCUAUGGAAUAUAAUGCUCUAUAUUUUGAAACUUCAGCUGCCACUGGAUAAAAUAUUGAUGAUAUCUUUAUUAAUACUUUGGAGAAAGUGUCACAAUAAAAUAAUCCCAUAAGAACUAAUUCUGAAUAAAAUGUUAGAGAAUCUCUACAUUUAUCUCAAAAGUAUACAUAGCAAAGCUUUGGAAAAUAGGAAUAAAAAGGAGGAAAAAACUCACAAUAAGAGGCCAACUCUGACAAAGGCUGUUGUUGAAUUAUUUAGCAAUCUUAAGGUUUAUUGGUUAUUGAUAUAACAAUA